AUGGUCACACAAAAUUUGACGACCUUGGAAUACACAUGAAGAAAGCACAACAUUUUUGAUAUGGGCUGACAAAACAACUUUACCCAAAUUUUUGGAAAAUCCUGCUUAUUUUGGUUUUUACCAAUCCCAUCAGCAAGCCUAACCGGUAGCCAAUUCCCAAUAAAAAUCCGAACAAAAACAUCUGGCUAUCUUUAUUAUAACGAUAAAUUUUUAAUAUAG